AUGCUAGCCGCCUACCGUUUCGGCCUAGAGAUGAGCCGCGCAGGGUGCGCCGACUUUCGCGACGCCAUAAUAGAUGCACUAGCUGAGCAUCUAGACGUGCAGAGAGAGCCUGACACGAGCUUACUUUGUCAACUUUUCGAAGUCGUUGAGAGCGUACCUAAUUCCAGCCUGGAACGACUUCUUGUAUUUCAUGUCGCGUUGAGCACUUAUCCCGAGAGCUUCAAUGCCAUUUUGAUCGAAACAGACAAGCACUUCAGACAAAACAUUCGCGAACAGAUUAAGGAGUUCCCCAAUGGAGCGCGAUACUAUGAUAUCUGGGACAACUUCAUGCUCAAAAACCGCUGCAAGUUUCACGAACAUCCAACAGGGAGAUGCUGGAGGCCGACAGAUUUGGGAUCUGAAGCCGCGCCACCGGAAGAUAAAGAGACAGCGUCAAUUUGGAAACCAAGACAGGAAACGAAGAAGGUAGGAGAGGUGGAUCUUGGGGAGGUUGGCUGGUUUGGGCUUUAG